GGAAAACCUAGGUGGCAGAAUAACUAUUGUGCUUUUUGCACGUCUCAGUAUUCUGUUUCCCCUUUCCAUGGUUCUACAGGACGCUGUCUUUCCCGGAUCGCUUACUCGUGUUUUGUCAAGGCGCCAUGCUAGUCACUACAGUAGUAGCGUGAAUAGGCAGGAGCUUGGCACCCGUCUGAGUUAUCCGUAGCUUUUUCUGCGCGCGUUGUUUACAGAUUGGGGAUUUUUUUUCUCCCUUUUUUCUGGUCCUGGAGCUUAGCACACUGCGCCUGUUAUUUUCAGGGAACAGAUCGGCAGAUCCUAUAUUAUGGCAGAGCGCGUGGGUAGAAUGAAGUCCUAGGUUAGAUUAGCAACUUAAGUUGCUGAAGGGGGGGGGUUUCCUCCCUGUAAAUGCCGGUCUAGACCCUUGCUGCCAAUGGCUAAUCCCAAUACUACCCCUGCAUUUAUGGCGCCUAGGCCGUACAUGCAGGGCGAGGGUAUGGCUGUGGAUCAUAGGGGGAUGAGUAUGGACCAUAGGGGAAUGAGUAUGGACCACGGAUCUGUAGCAGCACCACUGUCAGUACCGCCUUAUGGCUCCCAAGCUGUGACCGCACAAGGCAUGGCUCCGCAAGGCAUGGCGACGCAAGGCAUGGCGACGCAAGGCAUGUCAGCGCCACCACUUUCAGGCAUUUCAGCACCAGGCGGCCUGUCAACCCAAGGCAUUUCGGGCAUGUCCGGACCAGGCAUUUCGGGACCAGGAAUGUCCGGUUACUCAUACGCGGGUCAGCCGUACCAGGUGCCGUUCACGCACAUGAGACCGGCGUUCGCGGCGCCUGACGCGUACCACCAGUUCCAGGACCCCGGGGGGUACCAGGGAGGGUACGCUGCGGGCCAAUACGGGAGGCAGGGGGAGGAGGAGUACCUCGUCGCGAAAUUCUCCGAGCAUUCGUUGAGGCAGAAUGCGCCAGGGAUGGUCCCCACCGUGCUAUCCGGCCAGACGACGGGCGAGCCAUGGCCAAGGUUCAACAACGGAGAGGACCCCCUCACAGCGCGAGGGCGCAAGAUGGCGCGGGGGAAAGGGUGGGAGCACGGGGAAGCAGGCAUGUCGCUCAACUCGCCAGCAGGGGGGGCCAUGGGGCAGCCGCAGCAGCAAUCAGCAUGCCGCUAUGACAACUCUCUUGGGCUCUUAACGAAGAAAUUUAUUGACCUAAUAAAGGGUUCGGAUGAUGGUACACUAGACCUGAACACUGCAGCCUCAACUCUCCAGGUCCAGAAGCGGAGGAUCUACGACAUCACCAACGUGCUGGAAGGCAUUGGCUUGAUUGAGAAGAAAGGGAAGAACAACAUCCAGUGGAAGGGCUUGGAGUGUGACUCAAGCAUCAAGGAAGACUCUCAGAUACUACAGGCGGAGUUGAAUCGGCUAAGGGAGGAGGAGUUGAGUCUAGACAACGGCAUCAAGGACAUGAGGGAGCGUUUACGGUUACUAAAUGAGGACGACAAAAGAAAACAAUGGAUGUUUGUGACAGAAGAAGACAUCAAGAACCUGCCUUGCUUUCAGAAUGAAACCCUAAUCGCCAUACGAGCACCGCACGGGACCAUGCUGGAAGUGCCUGACCCCGAAGAGGGCUUUGCGCAGCGCAAGUAUCAGAUACUGUUGAAAAGCACAAGUGGGCCUAUCGACGUCUACCUGGUCAGCCGGUUCGAAGAGAAGUACGAAGGUGCAGCCCCCUCCCAAGCAGGCCAGCCUCCGCAACAGCAACAAUCACAGCAGCAGGGCCAGCAGCAGCAGGAGCAAUCCUUGUAUUCGCAGACCCCCAGCCAACCAUACAACACUCCUGCUAUGCCGGAUAACUCAGGAGCAGCAGCAGCAGGAGCAGCAGGAGUAGGGGCAGUGCCAGCAUCAGGGUACACCCCUGGGGGAGGAGCGGGAGCAGGGGGGGACGGGGGGGCAGCAGGGGGAGGAGCAGGGGCAGGGGGGGGGCACGGAGGAGAGGCGCAGUCAGGCAUCGUCCGGCUCACUCCUGCCGAGUCUCAUGACUACUGGCUGCUGCCAGAUCAACAGCUGGGGCUCACCGACAUGUGGCGGCCUGAUGGCUCAUGGGAGGACCCCACUCGCCUGAAUGGGUCUGAUGGAGGCAUGACUGGGGGAGGUAGCACCUCACAUGCGUUUGAAACCCCGCCACACGCCAGCCACCUCCCCAGCAUUCACUGACCCCCUUCAGAGAACUGGAGGGGCAUUUACCCUCCAAAGCACCCCAAGACAUGCCAGCCACCUCCCGAGCACUCACUGACCCCCGUUUGCUGUUCUAGUGUCAACCAUACCAGCCACCUUCGCAUUAUUCACUGACCUUCUUUAGUCGACCCUUAAAGCCAACCCUCAAAGCCAACCCAAUGCUCCACCUCAUUGCCACCCACAACCUCCUUUGAGUUGCGACUCAAAAGUAUACGCUCAAUCCAUCAUCCAUCAUCCUAGUACCCCAUCAACCAAAAUCCAGCACCCAUCGUAGCUGUUUCAGCGAUCUACGACUGCAUCCCGUACUGGCCACUUCCCCAGUGACCCUCCGCAAAGCCCCCGUUGAGCCUCUGUCAAGCUUCACCAUCUCCAUAACCCCCUAGGUCAUCCCCCUCCUAACCCUUCGCCCACGUGCUUCUGACUCGUCUCCGUCCUUGUGACUCGUGUCACUUGCUUCCGUUUUCCUUUUCGGGAAACUAACCGCCGCCACCGCUGGAAUGGUGGUGCUCCCUUAAAGCCUAACCCCUCCCUGCACCUGCUCGUCUAACAGCAACAGAUGUACCUACCCCUGCCACCUCCUACUUCACUAGCUCCCUAACGCUGGCCAUUCCCCAUGGCCCUAUCAAUCAGCAGUCCUCCUCCUUCCUGCUACUUCCUCGACAGCAGCUGCAGCUACCUGUGGGGUUGUUGCAGGCUCUACUGCAGGUGGGAGCGUUUCAGGAUCAGCUCUUCCCCCUUUGUGUGUGUGUGUGUGUUGUCUUGGUGAAUGGGGUCUUGCACCCCUCAACUACAACCAACUUCCUAACUGCAUGUCUGCUGCAUAGAAAUUUAUGUACUCUGUUAUCCUAAUAAAAUUCUGAAGGCCUG